UACCUUCGUAAACUCUCUGUGGCUAUCUACUCUGACUUCAGAGCGCUCUCGUUUCAGCAUGCCAGAGCGCAGAAUAAAUUUACGAACGCUCAACAUGCGUUGAAUAUGGCCGGUGUCAGUACACGUUGGCAAAAAAAGCGUCAUUAAAUUGUUGCCAGCAACACAGUUACCAACGCUCUAGAUAACAUGAAAACAGCCUAACCAGUUCUGCUGGGGCGAGUAAUAUGGUGAGAGUGAGGUGUUCUCUCAUUUUUGUCCGGAAGUAGCUAGCAAGCUAGCAAACUUUAGUUAGUUUGUUUGCCAGUUGUGAGGUCAGAACUCUCGGAUCAACUCUACCCCUCGUCCAGUGUGCGGUCUGAGCGCUCCGAGAGCGAAACACUGAAUUUACGAACGGACAAUCUGACAACGCUCUGAAUUUACUAACGCCAAGAGCGCACUCUGGCUCUCCAGAUUGAAUUUACGAACACACCCCUAGCUGCUGUCUGUCAUUAUAAUAGCUUUCACACUGUGGCUAACAACGCUGGUUGAGAACAAGACAUUUCAAUCCCAAAAUGGUGCUGCUGACAAUGAUCGCUCGGUUGGCUGAUGGACUGCCGCUGGCCGCAUCAAUGCAAGAGGACGAACAGUUGGGUCGGGACCUGCAACAGUACCAGAGCCAGGCUAAACAGCUGUUCAGGAAACUCAAUGACCAGAGUCCCACACGUUGCACAUUAGAGGCUGGCUCCAUGUCCUUCCACUACGUCAUAGAAAAAGGAGUGGUCUACCUAGUGCUGUCUGAAGCAAGCUUUCACAAAAAACUUGCCUUUGCUUACCUGGAAGACCUGCAGGCAGAGUUCCAUGAACAGCACGGGAAGAAGGUCCCCACUGUGUCCCGACCGUACUCCUUCAUUGAGUUUGACACCUACAUUCAGAAGACCAAGAAGUCGUACAUAGACAGCCGAGCCCGCAGGAACCUGGGCAGCAUCAACACAGAGCUGCAGGAUGUCCAGAGGAUCAUGGUGGCCAACAUUGAGGAAGUGUUGCAACGAGGGGAGGCCUUGUCUGCUCUGGACUCCAAGGCCAGUAAUCUGUCCAGCCUGUCGAAGAAGUACAGAAGUGACGCCAAGUACCUGAACACUCGCUCCACCUAUGCUAAGCUGGCUGCCGGAGGGGUCUUCUUCAUCAUGCUCAUCGUCUAUGUCCGCUUCUGGUGGCUCUGAGAAGGGAGAGGAGACAGGAGGGGUUGGAGAAGAAGAGCUGAUAGGAGCUUAGCUGUGGUCACACAUUCCAUCCAAUAUGGGAUCCCUCCUUUUAACACAAGACUGUUGAAGUAGGGACAGACACUGCACGUUAUUUUUCCAACUGUCUGUCCAUAGAUCUGUCAUGUAAUUACAAAUGUUAUGUUUUAUUAACAAUUACAGUCAUCCUAUAGUGGUUAUGCCUUGGAGUUGAGUGUUUGUAUUGCGUGUGAGUGUGUGACAGAGGACAUUUUAUUUUCCUGUGUGUGUGUUACCAAAAUCUGUAUGAUAACAAUUAUUCUCUUAUCAAUUUAAUCGUGUAUAACUGUGUAGCAGUACAGAACAAAUCUACGUAAUUCUAUUUACCCAGAGGACAUCAUAAGGGCUUUGCCGUUAAUAACACUACUAUUAUGUUGGUUUGGUGGAGAUUUCUUAAAUGUUAACCUGCUUUACUGGGGUGAUCAAUCACAUUACCUGUGGUAUUGGCUGCAGAAAUAAUAUGUCUCAUUCACCUUCAUCUCCACACUGAGGGGACCAGUUUAACACCAGACGAUGUCUAAAGGGUUCAUUUCUUUUAUUUUGGAAAAAGUUUACACAAGUUGAAGGCUCCAUGUAAAAAACAUGUUUUAUCUAGAUGAGAACGAUAGCUAGCUAAUGCUAUGUAGCUGGCUUAUGCUAAUUGUGGCAGGGUUAAUGAAUUUCAACUUAACUGUUUCAUUUGCUAUGAAUAAAGUGAUUUGCACAAAA